AGACCAAACUUGGAUAAUUAUAAAAAUACAAAGAAAUCAGACCAGACCAGACCAGCAAAUUACAGUCCAAGUAAAAACAUCCUUAGUAACCACCUUUCUUUAAAAAAAAAGAAAAAAAGGGGAUAAGGAUCAUAUAGGGCCUCGAACUUGAAAAAAAAUGUCAAAUAAGGCCAUAUUUAGGAUGCUCUGUGUGGCCGACGCAAUUUGGGGCGGUUCCCGGUGGAAUUUUUUGAUGAUUUUUUUUAGAAUCCUAUUCAUUAAGUCUAGUUUACUCAUAUCAAAUUUGAACUAAAACUUCAAUCGGGAAGGCAUAUAAAUGAAUUCUUGAAGAUAACUGCGCACUUAAAAGAGCAGUUAUCUUCAAGAAUUCAUUUGAAUACCUUCCCAAUUGAAGUUUUAGUUCAAAUUUGAUAUGUGUAAAGUAGACUUAAUGAAUAAGAUUCUCAAAAAUAUUCAUCAAAAAAUUUCACCGGGAACCACCUCAAAUGGCGUCGGCCAGACAGAGCAUCCUAAAUAUAGCCUUAUUUGACAUUUUUUUCCAAGUUCGAGAUUCUUGUCCCAAAAAAAAACUUCUUUAAUCACGGAGCAGAUGAGAUAAAGCUCACGCCAAAUGUCAAAAAUUUCCUAACCAAAUUCCCUUCCUUCCUCUUUGCAACUUGAUAUAUAGAUUAGCAUCUGGUCAAUUUUCAUCACCAUAUUAGUAAACAAAAAAAUACAUUCCCCUAUUUCCAAGAACUAUAAAAGAUCUGACUUUUCAUUUUUGGAGAACUUCCGGCGAGCUUUCUACGGUUCUUGAAAAUGGAUUUCUAUGGCUACCAGGGCGUCGCCGUCGGCGUCGGUGAGUCCCACUACCCUUCUUUGAGUUCUUUCUAUGGCUACAACGCAUCCACACCGUACGAUCAUAGCCCGUUUUCAUACCCUUCCCCAAAUUUGGUAGAAAACAGCCCGAAUUAUUAUAGCAGUGAUUAUUAUCACGAUUAUGCUGGAUAUAGUUAUGCUACGCAGCCAGAAGUGAAUUACUCUGUUCACAAUUCCAGUAAUUCAAUGCUGAUCCAGUUAGAUGGUCCAGAACAAGAAGACGACACUGAUUUUGAUGAGUAUGAUCCAGACCCAUAUAGCGGUGGCUAUGAUAUUUCCCAAACAUAUGGAAAACCCCUUCCACCGUCAGAUCGUACCUGUUACCCUCGCUCCGCCGCUUCUUCACUGGACAAUGAAAUCGGAAAAGUGGUUUCUGCGGACAGGGGCAGAGUCGCCGUUGACUUUGGAAGAUCGGAUGAUCUAAACAAGGGUAUUAGUGGAAAUACAUCAGAUUACCCAGUGGCAAAUGGUCAUUACUAUAGAUCUGGUUUGGAGAGUGUGGAUGUAUGUGAGGGCAUGUUUGGGUAUUGGCCUUGUUGGGAGAAAUACCAGAGGAACAAUGGGAAAGAGAACAAUUAUGGAGGAGGAGGAGGAGGAGGGAGUGAUCAAGGAGUUAGCAGUCCAUGGAGUUAUUGUGCAGCAGCAGAUUAUCUAUUUGGCAGUCCCUUUGGAUAUGGUGGCGGAGAUCAGCCAACAGGAGAAGGAUUUGGGAGUUUCAGUUAUGGAGGGUAUUAUCGGCAAUAACAUGCAUCUUUAUUAUUGGAGUAAUAGUAGAUAAAAAUAUAGUUGGAUAUAUAUACAUGGUAUGGACUAUGGAGUAUACAUAAUGGAAAAGAAGCAAAUAAGCCCAGUUAUUAACAAAAAAAGUCAAAUAAGCUCUUAUUUGCUCCUCUUUUUCCUAUAUAUAAUAAAGUGAAUCUGAAUGAAUUUGAA